AUGUCUCAAUAUGCUAAAGCGCUAAACGCCGUCAUAAUCGGCGCUGGGCCGUCUGGCAUUGCCAUGGCGUACCGUUUGAAGCAUGAGCUAGGCUUCGAGGAUUUCACCAUCUACGAAAAGCUUGACGGCGUGGGGGGAACAUGGAGGACCAACACGUAUCCAGGAUGCGGAUGUGAUCUGAAAUCACACUUAUAUUCAUUCAGUUUCAAUUUGAAUCCAAAUUGGUCAAAAGAGCUUUGCGAACAGGCAGAGAUUCUCCAAUACAUGGAAGACACCUGCACCAAGUUUGACUUGCACAAGCAUGUACAAUGCCGUGUGGAAUGUAUUGGAGCGAAUUGGCACAAUGACCUUGAUAAAUGGGAAGUUACCUUGAAAGACCUCAAGACUGGGAUUGUCUACUCUCGUUACGCUUCGGUGUUGGUCUCUGCGGUUGGUGCUAUAUCGUUUCCCCGUGACGUGAAGUUCACAGGGAUGGAAAAGUUUCAGGGCGCCAUGUUCCACACUGCACGAUGGGAUCACAGUGUCGACUACAGGAACAAGAAGAUUGCAAUCAUUGGCAACGGUUGUAGCGCGGCACAAGUUAUACCGGCCUUGGCCAAACACGCAGCUCUUGUUAAGCAGUAUGCCAGAAGCGGGCAAUGGUUUCAUUCUCGGCCAAACCGACAAUACACAGAAACCGAUAAAUUCAUGUUUCGAUGGGUGCCAUUUUGGAUGCGUUGGCUUAGGCUUCAGAUCUUUCUGGAUGCAGACGAGGAGACGACUACUUAUUUUCCAACUCCCAAGGGUCUGAAAGCACGACUUGAAGCAGAAGAUGAAUCCACGAGAUACAUCCAGUCCGUUGCGCCCAAAAAAUACUGGGAUUAUAUCAUCCCAAAAUUUCCACUGGGAUGCAAGCGUCGGAUAUUCGAUCCUGGUUACCUUGAAAGUCUCAAUCUCCCGAAUGUUGAGCUGAUUCCGCAGGGGAUUAAAGAAAUAACCGAGACCGGUAUCAUUAGCUCCUCUGGGGUCAAAGAUGAUUUUGACAUAAUUGUCUUAGCGACAGGCUUUCAAGUUUCCCAAUUCCUGACGCCAAUGAACAUUAUCGGCACUACUGGUGUUUCCCUCCAUGAACAAUGGAAGGAGUGUCGUGGUGCACAAGCGUAUCUUGGAACGCAUGUUCACAACUUUCCGAACCUCGCUAUUCUUUUCGGUCCUAAUACUUUCCCAGCCAACAAUUCGGCCCUCUUCGCCUGCGAAACCCAGGUUGAUUAUGCCAUCAAAUCACUUUUCAAACCAUUGAUUGAUCGCAGAGCAUCUGUCAUUGAGGUCAAGCAGGCUGCUGAGGACCGUGAGACGAAUGCGAUUCAUAAAUCUCUGGCUGAUACCGUUUUUUCCGGAGACUGUUCCAAUUGGUACAUCGGAGACUAUGGCAGAAAUGCUGCGUCUUGGCCUGGCUUAGCUAGGUCGUUCUGGUUCAAAACUUAUUUUCCUGACUGGGCUGCCUUCAAUAUGACUGGUGGAAAUUUCCUCUGGCCUCUUUUCACGGUCUACCGCUGGUCAAGAACUUUGUCACCUAUGAUAACGGUCUUCUUAACUGUAACUGUUGUAGCGGCUGUGGGCCAACACUAUGGGAUGACAGGAGGCUAUGCCAUGGUCAGCUACCUGAGAAAGACAUUGAGCCUGGGGAAUUUGAGCGCCCUGCGCUUGGUCGAAUGA